AUGAUGGACGAGGCUCCGCCUUCACUCGAUCCUACCAUGCAGUAUCAUCACAUUGUCAAGGCAGAUGAAGUCGAUCAAACUGGAACCGACAUCAACCCCGUUCCAGAUGAUCAGAUGAUGGAAGAAGUCGCAGAAGGCAUACGACAAGAGCAAGCUGCUCAGGACUCGAGCUCUUCAAAGAGCAAGCCUUCAGAGCAAAUAACAACGCCAUCCAGGCGCCCUGAACUGCGUCGGAAUGCGGCGGCCCCGCCCCCCCCUCUUCAGCCUCCACCCCCGGCUCCUGUUCAGCGCAAUCCAGAGCCAUCCACGGACUCGCUGAGCUUAGCUCAACUACGGCAGCUGGUCCAUGAAAUGCCGAAGGUUGAACAGCCGGCCUAUGCAUUCGAAUAUGCAGAUGCUCAGCCGUUUCAUGAAGAAAUUGAAGAGUGGUUCCAGUACAGCGAGUGCGAUAGAUCCAUGCUCCUUGGGAUGAAGUCCUCGUUUGAGCACUUGUGGAACUUAUUCUGUGAAGGUCAGCCUUCUCUUUCUCCUCGUACCUCAUGGCUUGACGCCCCAAAGGAAAUGCAAAAGUCUUUCCUGACCGAGGUACUUGAUAAUACGCAGGAUAGUGAGAUCACGAUUCGCAUCGAGGCUCUGGAAACUGUCUGCUACGCUGUUACUGGAUUGUGGGGCACAACUGCUGGAAAGAGCGCACCAGAUUUCCCUAAUGGCUUCACCUCGGGCGCUGCAGAGACCGUGAAGUCCAAAUCUUUGCAGCUUCUAUGGAUAGAGAAAAACACUUACCUCGUCCAGGAGUGCGUGGGGCUGCAAUCAUUAUAUGGGUGCUUAUUACGGGCAUUUGAAAAAGCUCGUGUCUCUACGACAUCCGAACUCGGGGCCACCACACCCGAGAAGACCAAUCCUGCAUCUCUCGCGGCUACUGAGCGGGAGGCGAACCUGGUCUUGACAGCAUUUUACAUGAUAGUCGAGGUGGCCCGCAAGCAAGAAGCUCAAGACCGCAAGCACACUCCGCUGAAAGAUGGCAUCAUGGCGUUAGAGCCGGGCCUGAUGGUAUUCCUGGUUGAGAUUAUCGCUCGUUUGCGAUGGGAUGACUCGGCCAACGUCCCCCUUACGAGGAUCAUUCUCCUGUUUUGGAAGUGUAUACUUCUCUUCUUUGGAGAUAGCGACAGCCUAAAGCAAGCCAAGGAAGAAUUGGAGCCAGCCUUCGAUGCCGGGGAGAAUGAUCCAACAAGGAGAACACCUUUUCUUACCGCAUCUCCCCUCGAUUAUCACAAUUUCCGACAGGAGGUCACGUCUAAAUACCCUGCGUACAACCCGCCUCCACCUGUGAUUCCUCUAGAACUAGAAAAUAACUCCAUCCUUCCUCCUUUACCCCAGCACCCCAGCAGGUCUUACUCCUCCAACGGUCUCUUUUCCGGGGUUGGGCCUUCUGUAGCUGGCGGGAAUGGUUCUAUUCUACACCAGUCAGUUCACAUUGCAACACCUGCUCCAUCACCUCCGCCUUCCCCCAUCGGCCCAGGCGGAAAGGCAGGAAAAAAGCAAAACUAUCAGACAAAUCAGAACUUUCCUUUCAUGUACCCACCGCUGGAUAACUCCAGCAAUGACCUCGGAGGCAAAGGUACAACGGAGCUACAAGACAUGCUUGUUGGGAAAAGGUGGGAAGGGAGUGAUGUUCCCGCGUCUAUCAUCGAAGCCGGAAGGCUGUUUUCAACUCAUGUCAAAAUGACAAGGGCAUUGACGCAGCUUUGGGAGGAGCGUGAGUGUUUCAUGAAGUACGACCGCGGUUGGCAUGCGGAGGGUGAUCCAGCUGCUGGCGCAGAGGGGACCAGCGAUGAUAUAGCCGAGAAGUUGCAGGAUCUCGUUUUACAGCGGGAGCAACAACGCAAAGCCGACGUGCCAGUUGAAAAGGAAACCAAUAACGAGGAUAUCCAGAAACGAUUGGAAGCCGUUGAGGAUUUCUAUACCCACGCUCUUGUACAUCUCCAAUCAGUCGUCAUUGUCUUCUUGAAGAUUGUCUUGACGAACGUGAGUGCCUUGGUUAACAACCAGAGUAAUGGACAAAAUGGUGGUGCCACAAGUGAAAGUUUUAAUGGCGCCAAUGGUGUUGCACCCAGCUUCACUCACGACCUUGAGGAUCUGAACUGUGACGCUGCUAUUGAUGAACUCGACAACAUCCGUCUACGCGAGAUCACGGGGAAGGCCAUCUCUGGAUCUCUUUUGCUCUUGAUCAAGUGGUUUAAGAGAUCUCACAUUCUGAAAUUCGAGUACAUGACACAGCUUCUACUCGAUUCAAACUAUCUGCCUUUAAUACUGAAGAUGUUUGCGCAUCAAGAUGUUGACCAAGCGGUGGCGCAACGAACGGACCGUGAUGAGUUAGGUUUCUUCCAUUUCUGUCAUAUACAUUCGGAACAACCCCCGGAUAUUUCGACGGACUUGGAAGACAGCGAGGAUGAGGCAGUCCCUCCCCCUAUUUCUCGACAUAGACAAGAGCCGGUUCCCAACCAGCCCGGCGCGGGUCCUCUCGAUGAAGCCGCUCAAGCAUUCGCUGAAGGUCCGCAUCGACCCGAGGUCGACGAACUAGGUUACCCCACGGCGCCACCACCUAAUGAACCCAUCACAACAUUCUCCUUCCGCAACUUCUUCUCGGCCAUCAACUACCUCCACAUCAUGCAGAAAAUCACUCGCGACAAAGCUCAUCGCUGCCUCCUCUUGGUCCAGUACAAGUCUAGUACCAUCCUUCGCAAAGGCCUGAAGAUUCCCGACCCUCAUCUCCGCUUCUACACGCUCAAGCUCUUUAAAUCACAAGUCCCCUACUGUGGUCGCAAGUGGCGUCAGGGAAAUAUGCGUGUUAUCACGGCCAUUUACUUAUACUGUCGCCCUGAACUCCGGGACGACUGGCUAGCCGGCUCAGACAUCGAUGCCGAAAUCGAGGAAGCCCUGCCUUUGGAACAGGCACUCCGUGGUUUGACUCACUGGUGGCAUCUACGGCGAUACAAGCAUGUAAUGGGAGGCGAGGACAGUACGGCAAUCAAGGAUGAAGAGCGAGACUUUUUCGUUCGAGAAUUGGAAGCAAUGGGGUGGGGCUACGUCGGAGACGAGCUCCUGAAUGGAAUGGCCGAAGAAGCCGAACUGGCUGCAACGAACGGAACAGAAUGGGAUGGCAUGCUGCAAAUGGAAGGGGCUUAG